AUGAGUAGUAUGCUAACGGGUCGGGCACGCGUUGUAUAUGUUGGUGAUGAAUUCAUUCAUUUGUCGAAAGGCGGUUUGGAUGGUAAAAUUGUUGCAUUUAAGGAUUCAUGGCUUGCAAGUAGUUAUGAUUUGCAAGACUGGGUCACUUUUAAGGCGAAAUCGUAUGAAGCCGAACCUCCUCAUUGUAAUUUUGGUGUUCGGUUCAAAGCUCUGACAAAAAGUGUAAAAUUUGAAUCAAAAGCCGUAAUGUCGGAGGGUAUUGGAACAUUUUUCAAAGUAGACGAACAUCAAGGCCAAUAUGGUUUUAUUACGACAAGUGAUGGUAACACUGUUUAUUUUACUGCAAGCGUUGUUCGCCCGGAAACACAAGAUAUUCGUAACGCAUUUAAAACUGGCAUACAAAUAAGAUAUAAGGCAAUUGAGCAGAAGCAAAAUAAUUGUCGUUGGAGGGCAAUUGCUGUUUGUAACAAAAAUGUUACAUUUGAGAGCAUUUCAUCGCGACAACAAAAGCCUGUCGAAUCAUCGAAUAACAAACAAGUUGCUGCAACUGUUAUAAAAAAGACAUCUCAAAGCUCCGCAUCAGCAGCGAAUGCUGUAACGAAGCAUACUGCGAACAAUGAUAUACAUCCUAAUGGCCUGCAGACUACGAUAUGGGCGACAGCUAAUUUACCUCAGAAUAGUAAUACACAGUCGACGAAACAAGUAAAUCCAGCAAUUGGUUCACGUUCAAGCUCUCUUUCUCGUUCCGAUACUUCGGGUGCUGUAGGUUCAAAUCGGUUGUCAUCUACUCUGCUAACGACGAAUACUUUACCAUCAGCUACAUUUGCUGAGUCAACUGGAACUGGUGAUGCUUACGAAGAUGCUGUCCGACUCAUGGCAUAUUUUAGGCACUUAGUAACUGAAUGUUCGUGUCAGUCAUGUGUUUUACGUUAA